CCUGAGUAUUCAAGACCAGCAUUGAUAUUUGAAGAGAUCAAGCUCAUUAAUGGCAUUGAUAUUUCUUCAGCAAUUCGACAUCAAGUUCCAACUUUACUCGAAAAAUUUCCUCAUACUCCUACGUUUAUCAACGAUUCGAUACCAAUCCGUCUAUUAAAAGUUCUCUGUCGGCAUUUUCAAGAGGCAUCACAUCACAUUGUGAACACAUCGGUAUGUCCACGUGGACAGUCUCAUGACUUAUCCUGA